AGGGUGGUCAUGGACCGAGAGGCCGGCGGCGGCGCCGGAACACGACGGGGCAGGAGGAGGAGGGGGCCGGGAAUCCGUCGGAGCAGACACCGCAGCGCAAUGCUGGACAUUGUUGAUCGACCUGUGCAGCUGCAGCAGCAGCAGCACGGGAUCGGCCAAGCCUUGCACAAUGGCACUCGGCGACUCCAACUCCAACCGCUUGCCGCGGCGAGAACGCAAUGCAACCGUAGCUACAACGGACAGGAAAAGGACGAUGUGUUUGUUUGAUGCAAGUCUGUCGUGGACAGGAACGGACACGAAACGGCUUUAUGGGCUCGUAAAAAAGCACUCUCCGUCUCACGUCCGCCGGCACGGAGCCCAUUAUAGCAAUAUUAAAAUGAAGAAACUGGGCCAAAGCCUACUUAGAAAGCCUUUAUGGGCCUUCACGAAGUUCAUCUCCUUGGGCCUGUCCUCGUAACUUUUCCGAGCAAACGGUCCAACCCAUUCUCACCUUCGACGGCAACGGCACACGAAGCGAAAGCGUGCUCCUCCAAUCCAGACGCUGAAUCGUGAGUGCGACUUGAUGGCCGGAUCGAAGCAACGGCUUUCCCCCGUCAGAAGCUGCCCCUUGCAAUAUCUACGCCCGGACGCCAUCAGUCCAUCACACUGCCAUUAUUCACUUUAUUACCGCCCAGCCCUGAGCCCCGCUGGACAUUCACGGUCAGAUAAAAACCGUAUCGCCGAUCUCCAUCCACGUCCCCGUCGUCGAUCCUGCCUACAAGCAGAAGCAGGCAAGGGUCCACGGUGACCGGAGUCCCGUCACGGCCGAACCAGCCCAGCCUGUUCUACGGCCACGGUCAGCCGGCACACCGGAGAAGCCGCGCGGCGCCCCGCGACUGGCCGACCCGGAUGGGUUCCCCGCGUCCACGCCGCCGCAACGGUCAAAAGCGCAGGCGCCCGAUGCUGGCCCACGCGGACCCCACCCCACCAGGCUUCACCGCCACACCACCACGCGCCGGACGUGACAAGAAAGAAACGGCAGCUCCGCUCCCCUCGCUCUCCCAGCUACCAGUCCCAGCCACUGACCUCACCCGCGCCGCACACCCGCGCCGCACUUCACACUAGCUCACUCUCUUCCUUCCCCCCUUCCCUCUCAUCUCGGCCUCGGCCUCCCAAUCCCCGGCGCUGCCUCCACGCAACCGGCGCCGCCCGCCAUGGCCUACUCGGGCGGCGGCAAGAUGUCGGCCGUGGACGCCAUCCUCGCGGAGGCGGCGGACCUGAUCGCGCUCGAGCAGAUCGCCAAGCUAAACACCGCUCACGUCGCCGACGACUCCGCCCUCCCCUCCAGCCUCGAGUCCCGCUUCCGCAAGCUCAAGUCCCUCCCCGCCGCCCCCUCCGCUGCCGCACCCGUCAGGACCCUCGGCCGCAGCGUCACCGCGCCGCACCCCACCCUGCCCGACCCGCCGCGACCGCGCCCUCCACAUGAGCAGCCGGCUGCGCCGGCCCCGGCGGCCCAAGACGAGCGUCCACCGGGAGACGCGGCGGCGGCGGAGGCGGCCGAGAAGAAGGGCGACUCCUCGCCGCCACUGCCGCAGCAGCAGGCGCGUCCAUCGGCCACCGUCCCCGCGGCUCACGGCGACGACGACGACGAGGACCUGGAGAGGCUGUUCGGGUCAGGACGGCGGGGCCGGCCGACGCUGCGGGAGCGGAACAGGGGGCGGGACGACGGCGGCGGCGGUUCUCCCUCGCCACCGCCGCCGCGCCAGGCGUGCUGCUUCGGGUUCUCCCCCAGGAAGCCCCUGCAGAGGACGCCGACAAAGGGCAAGAAGGUCCACGGAUCAGGAGACGGCGACGUCCUCGGCGUCGACGCCGGCGAGUGGGGCGACGAGAACAGGAGGAUGGUCACCGAGCUCAAGGAGCAGCAGCGCAAGCUCAAGAAGGCGCUCGAGGAGCAGGUGAAGGUCAGCAGGGAGACCGCCAAGAUGGCCAGCUGGGUCAAGCAGGCGUCCGCGCGCAUGACGCAUACAGCGGCCAUUGACGACCUGCUCAGUGACUGCGAGGACGAUGAGGAGCUCAAGUGACCAAAUCCCCAUUGCUUUGCCUGCCUGUCUUCUCUGUCAGUAGUUUCACUGCCUUGAUCACAAAUCUAUCAAAUGCUUAUCGUACUAUAUAGCAGAGUUAGCAUGUGAGUUGAGGUUUCAGGGAAGAUGAAAAUAAGUUGUUUUUCUUUGUGUGUGUUAGAUGGAGGAAGAAGUAUCAAAUUAUAUCAGUAUGUAAGGAGGCCUCAGGUGAUAUUAUAAGAAAGAAGAACCUACUACUGUGAAAAUGUC